AUGGCAGCAGCGGAAGAGGAGGAAGGGCCAAAUCGAGAGCGGGGCGGGGCGGGCGUGACCUUCGAAUGUAAUAUAUGUUUGGAGACUGCCCGGGAAGCUGUGGUCAGUGUGUGUGGCCACCUGUACUGUUGGCCAUGCCUUCAUCAGUGGCUGGAGACACGGCCAGAGCGGCAAGAGUGUCCGGUGUGUAAAGCUGAGAUCAGCGGAGAGAAGGUUGUCCUGCUUUAUGGGCGAGGGAGCCGUAAGCCCCAGGAUCCCAGAUUUAAAACUCUAGCCCGUCCCCAGGGCCAGAGACCAGCUCCAGAGAGCAGAGGGGGAUUCCAGCCAUUUGGUGAUACCAGGGGCUUCCACUUGUCAUUUGGUGUUGGUGCUUUUCCCUUUGGCUUUUUCACCACCGUCUUCAAUACCCAUGAGCCUUUCCGACGGGGUACAGGUGUGGAUCUGGGACAGGGUCACCCGGUCUUCAGCUGGCAGGAUUCCCUCUUCCUGUUUCUUGCCAUCUUCUUCUUUUUUUGGCUGUUCAGUAUUUGA